AUGUCAUUCAUUCAACUCGUUCACUUCUUCGGUCUUUUGACCUUGGCUGCCGGCAAGCCGAUUCUUAUUCCGAGGCAGGCUUCGGGAGCGCCGCAGGACGGUGCUCGCAACCUGAUUGACGUUCAGCUGCAGUCGAUCGGAAACUCGACUAUCAAAGCUUUCAUCACUAAUAUUGCUGAUGAGAAUCUCCGUGUCGUCAAGAGGGGUGGUCUGCUCGAUAACGAGCUUCCCACUAAGAAGGUUGUUGUGUCUGGAUCUGGCGCAAACCCAACUUUCACCGGUGCGGAAGUCGACUACGUCAACACACAUCUGAAUGACGACGCAUUCUUGGAACUCGCCCCUAAACAAACAAUCGAGUCCAUCUUCGACAUCGCCGACUCCCACGACCUUUCUCCUGGUCAAAAGUACUCCGCCAUCGCGGAUGGCAUGCUCGAAUACACGAAGUUGGACAACCCUAAGAAAUUCUUCGUCGUUCCUUAUACAUCCAACGCCAUCGACUUCGAUGCUCCUGAAGACUCUGCUAACCGCCUUGCGACCCGCGCCACCCUCGAAGCCUGCAGUGGCGAAUAUAACAAGCUGAUGCAGGAUAACCUUGCACAGGCUGCCAAGAUGGCCGAGGCUGCCGCUGCGGAUGCUCGCGACGGCAGCAGUGGACUGUUCCAGAAGUUCUUCAAGUCCCAGGAUGAGGCUGACAAGAAGGAGGUUGCCGAGCGCUUGGAGGCCAUUGCUAAGGAAGCAACAUCGAAAGGCACCUUGACCUACUACUGUCAGCCAUCGGCGCAGGAUUCCUGCGGUGGCAACAUUGCGGCCAUCACGUACCCAACACAAAACCGUGUUGUCAACUGCCAGGCAUACUAUGAAACGCAGCAGGUGGUGAACGAGUGUGGAUAUCUGGAUCAGGCGGCUAUCUCGCUCCAUGAGUUCUCGCAUGCUACUAGCGUCUACGCGCCUGGUACGGAUGAUGUUGUGUAUGGACUUGACGGUGUGCUUCAAUUGAGCACUGCACAGGCCAAGAACAAUGCCGAUUCAUUUGCAUACUAUGCAAACAGUGUUAGCAACAGCUGCAUAUAUCCCUAG